ACAGUUAUCAUAAGCUUAUUUAAUAGUAAGUCAUGUCACUAUAUUUUAUUGCAGGCAAUUGCGAGUUUAAAUAGGGCUCACGCGUUGCAAUUACAUAAAUCGUUUAUUCAAUGUAGCAAAGCAGGUUCCAUUUAUGAUAACAAGGUCAGUUGAUACCAAUUAUUUUGAACGUAUCCAAAUGUUUCAUGCCCUUGUUUACGUCUUUGGCACAAAUAUGUGUACUCUUGCACAAACUGCGAAAAGCAUCUGGUGAAAGAUAACAAGUUAAAACAGGUGUAGAGUCUUGUGUUUAAAGCCUCAACUAAAAACACAUUGCUUAGCAUUGUUUCGAAAGCCUUUAAAACACCCACUAAGGUGCGCCUCACCUACCAGCUUUUUAACGCCCACGUGUGUGUUUAAAAAAAGUAUUUGACCGCUAGAUACAUUAUUUCCAUCAAUAAUAGAUGAAUCUAGUGGUAAGAGCGGAGACGGAGCUGUGGGGAGGGGUCUCCUAGUCAGAUCAGGCAAUCCUUUGGUCUGAGAUAAGGACGGGAGGAGUGGCCUUCGGAUAACUCCGGGCGCUCGAUGGGGCAAUAGGGAAUCACUAGCCUAAUGAGAGAGAGCUCCCCUCAUCAUCAAAGACGCGCUCACACAGACUAGAGAGUGGCGGCUUCAGCUCCAACCAGGGACGACACGCCGCAGCCUGACUGGCCGCCUGCCUCCUCUCUCUCUCCCUGGCCCUGCCUGCCACCCCAGCCCCGGCCUGACGGCCUCGUUCCUGUAAUGAUACUAUGGGUUGUGUUGCCAACUCCACCGGGACUCAACUGCUGUUACAACUGGAAGCUCUAAGAACCGCGGCGCAACUUUCCCAACUCUACCACCUCACCGAGAACAGCAAGAUUUAUUAUAAAGCUAUUAGGGAUAUUGAAGUGGGGGAGGAGCUCCUGGUGUAUAUGAAGGACGGACUUUUCCCGGAGGGAUCGAUGGCUCCGAACCUAGAAGACGAGCAGAUGUACCGCUGCGAGGACUGUGACGAGCUGUUCACCUCAGGCCUGGAGCUGCGACGGCACCAGAAGUACUCGUGCGCCAGCGCCGGCUCCCUGUUCGACACGCUCAGCAACGAGGACUUCAAGCAGGAGCGCGACGACAGCGACCAUGAGCCCGUCCAUGAGUGCAAGGAUUGCGAGAAGAUCUUCCCCAACGAGUACAGUCUGGGCCAGCACAUGAUUGUGCACACAGAGGAGCGGGAGUACAAGUGUGACCAGUGUCCCAAGGCCUUCAACUGGAAGUCCAACCUCAUCCGUCACCAGAUGUCCCACGACAGCGGAAAGCGGUUCGAGUGUGAAAACUGCGAUAAGGUACAGCACACCCGGCACGUGUUUACGGACCCCAGCAACCUGCAGCGCCACAUCCGCUCACAGCACGUAGGAGCGCGCGCUCACACCUGCCCCGAGUGUGGCAAGACCUUCGCCACCUCCUCGGGCCUCAAGCAGCACAAGCACAUUCACAGCAGUGUCAAGCCCUUCAUCUGCCCAUGUGGGCUGUGUGUCUCCCCAGGCGAGGUGUGCCACAAGUCCUACACGCAGUUCUCCAACCUGUGCCGCCACAAGCGCAUGCACGCCGACUGCCGCACCCAGAUCAAGUGUAAGGACUGUGGCCAGAUGUUCAGCACUACCUCCUCCCUCAACAAGCACCGGCGCUUCUGUGAGGGCAAGAACCAUUACGGCCCUGCUGGGGGACUUUUCGCUCCCGGCAUCCCCAUGAGCAGCAGCCCCAUCCUGGCCAAGUCCAAGCACCACCAUCCCCACCACCACCCGGGCCUCAACCACUCGGGCCUGGCCUUCCCCGACUACUUCCCCUCCCGGCCACACCCUCACCCCCAUGCCGGCCUUCCCUUCUCCCCUGGGCCACAUGGUUUCCCUUCGCUCUCCCACGGCUUCCCAGGCCUUUUCCCCCCCUCGCUCUACCCCCGGCCGCCCUUACUGCCCCCAAGCCCGAUGCUGAAGAGCCCCCUGGGCAACAACAGUAACAACGGUGGGAUUCAGGAGGGCAAGCUGCCCCGCAGCCCCCUGGACGGGCCUCCACUGUCUCUGGUCAGCUCCAUUAACAACAACAAUGGAGGUGGUAGUCUCCUCAGCAGCCAGGAGAGGGAGGACAAGGAUAGGCUGGCGUACGGCGAGGCCAAGGCCAAGGCCAAGAUGUCGGAGGUGUCGGACGGCAGUGACCUGGAGGACGUCAACACCACCAGCGGCACCGACCUGGACACCACCACCGGCACCGCCUCGGGUUCAGACUUAGACAGCGACGCAGAGAGCGAGCGGGAACAACGGGAGCGGAGCACCGGCGCCAAGAGGAGGAAGGCGGCGGGCGCUGGAGGGGCGAGGGGGGCGGAGAGGGCGGGUCUGGACGGGCGGCCGGACGACGUGAGUAGUGGCUCGGUGUCGGCGGUGUCCAGCUUGAGCAACCUGGCCUGCGAGCGUCCCUCCUUCCUCUCCGGCGCCUCCCAGCACUCCUUCUUCCCGCCUCCGGAGGAGCAGGCGCUGCCACCCACCACCACAGGGGGCGCCGCUGCCACUGACUCCAUCAAGGCCAUCGCCUCCAUCGCAGAGAAGUACUUUGGCCCUGGCCUCAUGGGCCUGCAGGAGAAGAAGAUCGGCUCGCUGCCCUACCAUUCCAUGUUCCCCUUCCAGUUCUUACCCAACUUCCCUCACUCCCUCUACCCCUUCGCAGAGCGGGCCGGCACCCUCAACCCCGGCAUGUUCUUCAAGGCUGAGCCCAAGUCACCUCGUGAGCAGCAUCCGACACCCCACAAAAUGUCCGCCCCGGGCACUGGAGAGUCAUCGCCCUUCGACCUCACCACCAAGCCCAAGGAGGCCAAGCCGGCCCCACCGGCCCCCUCCAAGCCCACCCCACCCAGCAGUAGCAGCAACGCCCCCCUCAUUCUCCCCGGGGGUGAGGAGCAGCCGCUGGACCUGAGCAUCGGCAGCCGCCGACGGGACGGACACAACGGGAUGGUGGCCCCCGAGCAACCGCCCAGCCGCAAGAACCACCGCAAGGAGGAGCACCCCGGCAGCCACCCGCACUCCCACGCCCAGCACCCCCAGGGCCACUCCCUCCUCCAGCCCCCGCUGCCCCAGCAACAGCAGUCCCUGGCUCAGCCGCCCCAGCAGCAGCCCUCCCUGCACUACGCCAAGCCCUCACCCUUCUUCAUGGACCCAAUAUACAGCAGGGUGGAAAAGAGGAAGUUACUGGACCCUGUGGGAGCUCUGAAGGAGAAGUACCUGAGGCCCAGCCCGCUGCUCUUUCAUCCACAGCUACAGUAUCUUUACCGUGGUACACCUUCUUUACCUCAGAUGUCGGCCAUGGAGAACAUGACGGAGAAGCUGGAGAGCUUCGGCGCUCUCAAACUGGACGCCCCGCCCAACUCACUGCAGCACUCCGCCCACCCGCUCUUCAACUUCCGCUCGCCGCCGCCCUCCCUCUCCGACGCCAUCCUCCGCAAAGGCAAAGAGCGUUACACCUGCAGGUACUGUGGGAAGAUCUUCCCCAGGUCAGCUAAUCUUACCAGGCACUUACGGACACACACAGGAGAGCAGCCCUACAGGUGUAAAUACUGUGACCGUUCGUUCAGCAUCUCCUCCAACCUCCAGCGGCAUGUUCGUAACAUCCACAACAAGGAGAAGCCCUUCAAGUGUCACCUGUGCAACCGCUGCUUCGGCCAGCAGACCAACCUGGACCGUCACCUCAAGAAGCACGAGCAUGAGAGCAUCCCCGUGAGUCAACACUCUGGGAUCCUCUCCAACCUAGGAAACAACGCUUCCUCUCCCAACUCCGAGCCAGACAAUCAUGCACUUUUAGAUGAGAAGGAAGACUCGUACUUCUCGGAAAUCCGCAACUUCAUUUCCAACAGCGAGCUGAACCAGGCAUCCAGCUCAACAGACAAGAGGUCAGAGGUUGCGGAAGAGGAGCGUCCAUCUAGCCACAGCCUGUCCAACUCCAAGAUGGCAGCCCGGGGGCUGGAGGAAGAGGAGGAGGAGGCGGAGGGAGAUGACGAAGAGGAGGAGGAAGGCAGCCUGACAGAGAAGUCUCAGGACGAGGCGCCUGAGUCCCCCUCCCCGGUCACUAUGGUUACGCCGGAGGCGUACGAGGACGAAGAAGAGGAGGAGGCGGAAGAAGAGGAGGAGGCCACACCGCUAGCCAUGAGCUACGAACACACCCGCAGGUGUAUAGAGGAAGACGGUGGGCUGUUAGACCUGGAGUCCCUGCCCAGCUUCCCCAAGGGCCUGGAGCUGCAUAAGGCCAGCAGCAGCGAGGAGCCCCCCUUUGAUGUUAAAGACAUUUUUAACACCGCCUCGCUCGAGUCUGAGGCCCUGAAAGAGACUCUGUACAGGCAGGCUAAAACCCAGGCUUAUGCAAUGAUGCUGUCUCUGUCGGAGAACAACCCUUUGCACGCGUCCUCCCAGAACUCACUGGAUGCCUGGCUGAGCAUGGGAGGAGGCCCGUCCGAGACGAGCAGCUUUCACCCACUCAACCACAUCUAGGAGAGAGAGGAGGGAGGCAGUAUAGUAUCACGAUAAAAAUAAGAAAAGUGACACAGAGAGAGAGAGAGAGAGAGAGAGCGCGGCAGAAAGUAGGAGGCUACUACGGAGGAGAACUCACCUUCACACACCCCCGGCCUGAGAAGAGAGAGGACUCCUGGCUCCUGCCCUUCUCUGUGUGUGUGGGUGUGUGUGUUUUUGUGUGCGUACGCACGCGCGCUUACGCGCAUUGAUUCGUGCAUGCCCACGUUAGUGCGUGUGUGUACGAGGGGCCCCUCAGACAAACAGACAGUCGCAGGCAGAGAUCCUCCCUGUAGAGGAGUGAAGGACAUCCCAGGAUUGACCACCACAAACCCCAGUCAUUCUACAAGACCCGCCCACUCCGCCCCAGCGAACCCCUUUGGUUGGACUCUCAGAGACAGUUAUGUUUGAGUGUGUAAACGCAUCACUAGGAGAGCAAAACACCCAUCUAUUCUACACAGUCUAACACAAUGUCUCAAUAGCAACAGAUAACAGUAACAGUAACAGUCGGUCUGGAACAUAUGCACUGCAUGUCCAUAGGGGGGUGCUGUUUCACUGGGUGGGAGGAGCAGCAGUAUCAACACAUAGUGGGGAUGUACUAACUAGCUCGUUAGCUGAUGGACCCCCCCCCCCCCCCCCCCCAUCAUAUCCAAUGCCUUCACUCUCUUCAUUCUUGUUUCAAAUCAAUAAUAGCACAAUGAUAAAUGUUAGAGCAGGAAACGGCACUCUGGCUUUUGUUUAUGAAGAAAGUACAGUAGGAUGAUGCAUCAAGCUCGAAUGGCAAUGAUGUCAUGGAGAAUGACCGCCCCCCAACAUAUAAUGGGCAUUGCAGAGGACAAAGUCUCGACCUCAAAAGUUAUCCGGUGAACAAGAGGUUAAAUGGAUGUCCAUUGGUUAGAAUAGGGAAAGCCUGUUUUUCCCUUUUUUGCUCAUUUGUUAACGUGAUUCCAUUUUAUGUUUUUCUCUUUGAUAAAACAGUAUUGUCUCAUUCUAGGCACCUCCGUGCUCAAAUGUUAAUAUAAUUAUUUAGUGAAGGACCAAAAUUGUAUGAUAUUGUUGUAUGAUGUACAAAAUAACCUGGACGUUCAUAGCAAGAGUGGUAUGUGCCAAAUAACCCAUAGAAAAGGUUUUGUUCUCCGACAAUCAUUUCUUUUUCGAGGGGUUUUAAUUGCUGUCAUAGUUGUUGUUUUUACCUUCUUAUAUAUUUGAUUUAAAGAGUGUGUGUAAUUCUAUUUAUUUAGGUUAAAAAAAAAUGUCACGAUUGGAGACAAGUGACAAAUGAAAACACGAAAAAAAAACGUAUUUUGUUUUAUCCCUCUUUUAAGUGUUGCUGAAGGAAUGAAGUUGAAUCGAAACGCGACCGAGAUUUUGAAUCUCGGUUUCAAUGUUUUUUUUCUGUAAAGACCAGUGUGCCAAAUUAGAAAGAAAGCAUGAAAAUCAGCUGUUUUUAUUUCUAGUGACACGGUAGUUCUAGAUUGUUUAGGUCAUGUUUUGCAAUGCUGUGUCUAGCAUGAGGUUUGGUUUGUCUCGUUUCAGUUCAACCAUUUCAACCAGUAUGCUGAUGUGUUUUGUGUUGGAAGUCUUACGGUGGUCAUUUAAUGAAAUGGAAGCCUUCACUAUGAAUGUCAGGGGAUUUGGAUGCCAGGGCAUUGUAUUGUUAGCUUAUCAUUGAUCCUAAGUAUAAGUAACUACAUUUCACUCGAUAACAAAUCCAAUUAACUCAAGCAGUUUAUUAGUGCUCAGAUUCUGCUAUGAUGGUUUCAAAUUGUAGGAUUUUUUAAUGUGACCGUGUGGUUUUAGAAAAAAAAAUGUCUCGGAAUGCCCAGUCAUUGAUAAAAUCUUCAUUGUUUUUCAGAUAGUGUCCAACUACAGUGUAGCAUUCUAUCAUAUUUCCACUUGUUAGUAGAACUUGCAUUACUCUCGGGGUUAAAUGGUUCUGUAACUAGUGUUGACACGAGGGUUUCGACAGCCGAGAGACUUUUAAUCCUGAGAAGAGUAUGUUUCUUCCUUGGAGGCAUAUAACCCGCUGGUCAUAGCUUGAUGGUUCACCCUUUACUCCAUCUGUAACUGAGAUGAGUUUGAUUGUCUGUAAAGGGUUUUAACACCCAGCAGAACACAUUUACUGUACUGUGAGACCAGCAAAAGAAUUAAACAGUCAAACUAGGAAAGAAAUCAAACCAGGAAAUGCUUCUGGUUUGGAGAGAAAUAUGACAUACAUAGGAUUUUAAGUUUCAAAGACUUCUAUUCACUUUGUAUUCAUAUUUGCAAACACACUCUUUUUGAUAAAUUCCUUGUCAAUUCCCUUCCUCCCAAUUAUCUUCUCAUUUACGGGAUUUCAUUCCAAACUGUAGACAAAGGUAGAGAUGGCACUUAAUACUGCGCAGGGGUUUUUAUUUCAUGUCGCUGUAAGUUGAAGGGUUGUUCACUGUAAAUUGCAAAAGUUGCUUUCACGCUGGACAUGUGAAUGAAGACUUUCAGGACUGUGCGGGAAAGGUUCAGGCCAGCACUUAAACAACAAACUGGGCAGGCAUGGGUCUCUGUCACUAAAGAGUUACUAGGAGUUAACCUGAUUUGCCUCACUUGGAGUGGAUGAUCAACCCUCACUUAAAAUGAUGAUGAACUUGGAAAAAAAUCAGUAACUGAAGCACUGUAAUUUAAUUUUUUUGUCAGCAGGUGGCAGGGUGAUACUAGUUUUGCUGCAUCAUUUCAUGUCCGAUGAUAAUGAUGUCAGAGGUCUCUGUCUUGCUAUACUAAAUGUGGAUCCACGGUUAACACAUUGUUUUGCAAUACAUUACUAUUAAAUGCAGAGACUGGGGUUACUAAAUAUUUAGGUAUACUAUAUAUGGAGUAAUUCAUGUCAUGUACUACUGUAAUAAGUGCGCGCUGUCGGUUGUAGAAUUAUGGAUGCACAUUGAAGUCAAAGAUCACAUUGCCAGCUUUUGAAAGGAUCUGGCAAAUGGUCACAAACUGAUAACUUCAGAAUACGGUUGCUGUUCUUUCCCCACUGUUACAGGAAAAAGUACAAAAAAACAACAAAAAAAAGUUUCUUUUUAACUGUAUAGUAUUUUAAAAAACAAUGUUGCAUAUGUCUGAAAAAUUCAAUGAAAAAAAUAUGGGUUUAAAUGGAUGGUGCUCGUUUCAUUUGAAUCCGAGUUGUAUCACCUCUGUUAUGUUUAUUAAAAAGAUAUUGUGCAUGACGUGUUUGGCAGUCAUAAUGAUGUCCAUUUGUGAAAUGUGUAUCUUAAAUUAAAAAAUGAAAUAAAAAAUGAUGAAUCCGUAGAUGCACUUAUUGUACAUGUGGUUAGGUUAGUAGGUUUGACUUCAAGUCCUUACAGAUGUAUUGGGCAGGUGGUUCUUAAAUGAAUACAAAAAAGAUUGUGGGAGAAAGCUGUAAUGAAAAAAAUGAAAGGAUUGUAGAAUAAUAUUGAACAAUUCUGAAAUUGAAGUUUUUUUGAUGCUUGUGAUUAUUGAAGAUGUACUUCAGAGAAAUUUCAUGGAAUUGAUAUGAUUCUGAUGUUAAUUCUGUAGAAUAGAAAUGUAUACCAAAUGUAAUCUUUCCAAUGCUAUGAAGAAUUUAUACAUGAAAUUGAUAUGCAAUAAAAACCUGUGUGCUUUUUA